UUUAAUUUUUUUAAAUAACCAUAACAAAAAUACAUUAAUAAGGUUCAAUUAACCAUCAUAACAAAGAUAAUUUUUUGCUUUAUGUUCAUAUAUUUUUCUUGAGUUUUAUUAUUAUUAUUAUUAUUUUAUAUUUAUUCUGUUCAAAUUUAUGUUACUUUUGUUAUGUGUUUUGGUGGCACCAUUAUAUGGUUUGUUGUCCCUAAUGCCACUCCUACGUUUUCUCCUGAAAAAAACACAAAGCAAACAAUGGCAGCCACUAACUCACCUUCAGGAAGAGAAUUGGUUGUGGCAGUUGAGUGAUCGGUUUCGCAAUUUUGCAAAAUUUGCAAAUGGAAAACCAAAACAAAAAAGAUUCAGAAACUGGCAACUAGAAAUAAAAAGAAAGAGAAUUAUGUCCAGUUCCAAGGAUGGUAAUGAGAAUAAUAAUAAUAAUAAUAAUAGUAAUAAUGAUGAUAAUGGAAGAACUUUGUCAUUUGGAGAUAGCGAAUGUAGGGGUAGGCUAACAGAACUCUUCAAGAAAGUAGCUCUUCAUCUUUUGGGUUUCUUUAUGAUGGUGUUUCUUUGCAAUGCUGUUCACUACUUUUUGAGGCCAUUUUCACAACCUCGGAUUACAUCUGAUAUUGUUGUAGGACUUUUUUUUGGGAACUUGGGGUUUGUACACAGACAAGUAAAUGAAUCAGCAGCUAAAACUUUGAGAUACAUAAUUGAUUUUGGUAUGAUAUGCUACAUGUUUGUUCUGGGCAUAGAAAUGGAUCCAUAUGUGUUGUUUAAGGCACCAAGUCGGGAUGCAAAAGUGGCCUAUGCCGGAAUUCUCUCCACAUUCAUACUAGCAGGAUGCAUAACCCCAUUUCUCCAUUACACUGACGGUUUUGAGAUUGACUUCACACUCUCACUCUCCACUGCUCUUUCCAGCACAGCCUCUCCGGUACUGACACGUCUGAUAACGAGUCUCAAAAUUGGCAAGUCAGACAUUGGAAGGCUUGUCAUUGCUGCAGGGAUGUACUCUGACUUUGUGUGCACGCUUGUUAUGUCCCUUGGCUAUAUAGUUUACCCAGUUGAGAAUGAUGAUGAUAAAACUGAUGAUAAGGCUUCAUCCCGUAUUAAAACAGCCUUACAGAUGAGUCUUUCAUUGCUGUUCCAGACAGUGUUUACAGCCAAUGUUUCACCAAUCUUCAUGAACUGGGUCAACAAUGAAAAUCCAGAAGGCAAACCAAUGAAAGGAUCACAUCUUGUUCUUUCAGUUGCUUUCAUUACCUUGAUCAUUUGUUGCUCGCCGGUAUAUGGGUACAGCCCCAUUUUAAGUGCAUUCAUGGCAGGAAUCUUCUUACCAAGGGAAGGGAGAGUGUCCAAAUUGGUGAUUAGCAAGAUUAACUACUUGUUAACAACCAUUUUCUAUCCAAUCUUUUAUUUUUGGAUGGGAUAUGAAGCUAGGUUGUCAGAGUUUGAACCUCUCCACAUAAUGACCUGGGCAAGGUUGAUUGUACUUUUUGUUGUAGUAACGCUCGGAAAAGUUUCUGGAGCAGUCCUUUCUGGAGCAAUGUUGGGGUUUAACUGGCCUGAAUCUGUUGCACUUGGCUUGCUUCUUACCACCAAAGGUCAUUUUCAGAUAUAUCUGGCUAUUGCUGCGAAAACAGCUGGAAAAACGUCUACCUCCACCAGCAUUGUUAUGGUAACAGUAAUCUUUUUCACUGUGGUGCAUGCGCCAACAGUUGUGGCACAAAUCAUUAAACGUGCAAGGAAACGGGCACCAACUUAUAGGAUGGCACUUCAGUUGCUCGACCCUUCGAAUGAACUCCGUAUAUUGCUAUGCCUUCAUGGGCCUCAAAAUGUGCCUAGCAGCAUUAACAUCAUGGAGAUAUCCCGAGGGACAGCUGACCCUGGUGUUGUUGUCUAUGUCACAGAUCUAAUUGAACUCACAGAUGACAUUGCUUCCACAUUGGUGCAAGGCGAAGAAGGGGACACCGUGACUGUGACUGACAAGGUAGUCACAGACAAGAGAAGUGAAGUCACUGCCGCUGUUGAAGCCUUCGUAGCAGACAAUGGUGAUGGUAUAACGCUAAGACGAAUGCUUGCACUAUCAUCAUUCAAUGGCUUGCCGCAGGACAUAUGCAUUUUGGCAGAAGACUUGAUGAUAGCCCUCAUCAUAUUGCCUUUUCACAAGAGCCAGCGUGCAGAUGGAACAUUGGAUGGUGGCCAUUCUGGUUUCCGACAUGUGAAUAGGAAGGUUCUCAGGAAUGCCCCAUGCUCAGUGGGAAUUCUUGUAGACAGGGGUUUGGGAGUGACUGAGAAAGUGUCAAGAUCAGGUAGAUCUGUCAAUGUGGCUGUCAUCUUCAUUGGUGGCAGAGAUGACAGAGAAGCACUAGCCUACGCUGGUCGAGUAGCGCGCCAUCCUGGUGUAAAACUCACAGUAAUAAGAUUCUUGGUGGAUGCAGAUGCAGAAAAUGCAUUUAGAAGAGCAAGCAACUUGAGGAUCAGCAUAGCUGAGCAGGAAGAAGAAACAAAUCUUGACAAUGAGUGUUUUGCAGACUUCUAUGAAAGACAUGUUGCAGGUGGGUAUGUUGCAUACUUAGAGAAGCAUCUUGCAAAUUCAGCUGAGACCUAUUCAACAUUGAAGUCAUUUGAAGGACAAUACUCACUUGUUAUAGUAGGAAGAGGAGGAAGAGUGAAUUCAGUAUUAACAAUGGGUAUGAAUGAUUGGCAGCAGUGCCCAGAACUAGGUCCAAUUGGAGAUGUUCUUUCAGGGUCUGAUUUCUCAGUCAUGACCUCAGUCUUGAUCAUCCAACAACCAAAUCUAAAAGGAGAACUAGAUGGGCUUGAUGAUGACUUCUCUGUUAUGUAGAUUUUUAAACCUAGUCGAGAUAGUUUAGAAACUAAAAGGAUCAGUUGUAACAAAGAACAUGAUGUUUUGUAGAUUCUUAGUGGGUAGAAAAAUGGUAGAAACUAUGUUGAGAUUAGACAGCAGGGUAAGCCAAAUUAACUUAACCGGAAGAAAAAGAGGUUAGAGGAUAUGUUAAAGAGGUAUCUUAGUGUAAAUCAACGUUUGAC